AUGUUUUCCUUUCCUUCUUUUCCCCUUUUCCUCUUUCCUUUCGUUUAUCAUUUCUCUUUUCCUCUCUUUUCUUUCAAUUUUUCCCCUUUCCUUUCUUUCCAUUUUUCCCUUUCCUUUCUUUCAUCAUUUCUCUUUUCCUUUCCUUUCCUUUCUUUCUCUUUUCCCUUUUUUCUUUUCAUUUCUUUUCCUAUUUCUUUUUUCUCUUUCCCUUUUUUUUUCUUUCGAUAUUUCCUUUUCCUUUCUUUUAUUUCCUUUUCCCCCACUUUCUUUCAUCAUUUCUCUUUUCCUUUCUUUCCUUUUUUUCCUUUUCUUUUCUUUCAUCAUUUCUCUUUUCCAUUCUUUUCUUUCUCUUUUCCCCCCUUUCUUUCCUUUCAUCAUUUUUCUUUUCCUUUCCUUUCUUUCCCUUUUCCCCCUUUUCUUUUCUUUCAUCAUUUCUCUUUUCCAUUCUUUUCUUUCUCUUUCCCCCUCUUUCUUUUCUUUCAUCAUUUUUCUUUUCCUUUCCUUUCUUUCCCUUUUCCCCCUUUUCUUUUCUUUCAUCAUUUCUCUUUUCCAUUCUUUUCUUUCUCUUUCCCUCUUUCUUUUCUUUCAUCAUUUUUCUUUUCCUUUCCUUUCUUUCCCUUUUCCCCCUUUUCUUUUCUUUCAUCAUUUCUCUUUUCCAUUCUUUUCUUUCUCUUUUCCCCCCUUUCUUUUCUUUCAUCAUUUCUCUUUUCUUUUCCUUUCUUUCCCUUUUUUCCCCUUUUCUUUGUUAGUACAUUUCUCUUUUCCUUUCUUUCCCCUUUCCUUUCUUUCAUCAUUUCUCUUUUCCUUUCCUUUCUUUUCCUCUCUUUCCCCUUUGUUUUCUUUCAUCAUUUGUCUUUUCCGUUACUUUGUUCAUCUUUCUUUCCGUUUUCCUUUCAUCAUUUCUCUUUUUCUUUCCUUUCGUUUCCUUUCUUUUAUUCCUUUUCCUUCCUUUCUUUGCCUUUCUUUAUCCUUUCCUUUCUUUCAUCAUUUUCUUUUUUCUUUUUUCAUACUUUUUUAUUUCUUCUUUCUUUCUUCCUCCCUUCCUUUCUUAAUCAUAUUUUUAUCUACAUUCUCUAG